GAUCGAACCAAGAUGGCCGUAAUAGUCACAUAAAUUGCUGGGAGAAGAUUCUUUCGUUUAAUCUUCGAGAAGGCAAAAUUGUAUGAUUGUAUAUUUCGAACCGGUACGAAUCGUGCAGCGACAAAAAUUUCUCUUAAAUUUCGGAAAGCGAUCGCGAGCGUGUUGUGAGUCAAAAUGACUGAGGAAGCGCAACAAUCUGAGAGUGCUGCGCAUAACGACAGCUGUUCCAUGCAAAACGACAAUCAGACCAAUUCGUCGGAGGUCGGAAAAGUCAAAGAUAACAAAAAAGAAAAAUGUCGUCCCCUAACGAAGGUGGUGAUUAGAAGACUGCCUCCAACAAUGACUCAGGAUCAAUUCUUAGAGCAAGUCUCUCCAUUGCCAGAACAUGACUAUAUGUACUUUGUAAAGGCUGACAUGUCUCUUGGCCAGUUUGCAUUUUCUCGCGCAUAUAUUAAUUUCAUGGAGCAGCAAGAUAUUUUCAUAUUUCGGGAAAAGUUUGAUAACUACGUCUUCGUAGAUUCAAAAGGGGUGGAAUAUCCUGCAGUAGUAGAAUUUGCACCCUUUCAAAGAUUACCAAAGAAACGAGCGGGCAAGAAGAAAGAUCUCAAAUGUGGCACUAUUGAGAGUGAUUCGUAUUAUAUAAGCUUUUUAGAGAAUUUAAAAAAUCAGGAGGUUGAUUCGAGUAUAACCCAAUCGAAAACAGAGUAUUCUUAUCAACCAUCAGACAAUAUAGUGAAAAAGAUCACGACAACUCCACUGCUCGAGUAUUUGAAACUUCGUAAGCAAGAGAAACAACGUCUUAGGGAUGAGAAACGUGAAGAAAGGCGACGGAGGGAUAUGGAAAGACGGAGGACCAAGGACGAUCCUGUUAUCUCUAAGGUUUUAAGGAAUCCAGACUUGGAUAAAGAAUCGAGCAAAGAUGAUAAAGAAAAUAAAGAAGAGAGAGAUAAGCUCUCACCAAAGGAACUAAAAAAUAGAAGCAGAAAAGAUGAUAAGAUUAGAGAAAAACCAAUGCGAGAUCGAGAAAUUAAACCUAUCAUUAAGGGAUAUAGAGAACGAGUUGAUGACAGGAAUAAAGAAAGAGAGAUCAAGCAACGACGAUAUGAUGAGAAAAAGCCUUAUGGAAGAUGCGAUGAUCGAGAAGAGAGGAGACUCGAUUUUCGAGACGACAGAAGGUACGAGAUAAAAGAAGAAUUUAGGGACUCCAGAGAUAGAAAGGUUGAAGAAAGACGUGGGAAAAGUUAUGAAAAAAUGAGACAAGAGAAGAAGAAGUUGGCGGAGACAAAAAAACAAAUUGCCGAUGCCAACGGGGACGAUACAAAUUCGAAGAAAGCAAAGGAGGAACAUGAUAUUGUACAAGAAAGAAAAAAUGAAAGUAAUAAGGAGUUCGUGUAUAACGGAAAUGAAUUAAAACAUGCAAAAGACAAUGAAUGUGAGCAACGUAACACUGCCGAAGAUGGAAUAACAACGGACAUAAUACAAAAUUGCCAAGAGAGUGUGGAAGAAGGGAACGAUUUGGUUAAUGCAGAUGUCAACGAUGAAGAUAAUUCUGAAGAUAAGGAAUCAAAAGUUGUAAAGAGGCGUAAUUCUCUCGAAAGUAGUGGUGAAGGCGGUGCAGGUGAUGGUAACUGUUUACGACGUCACAAGUCGUUAGACGGAGGAGGCCAAAGCAAUCUUCAGAAGAAUGAUAAUGAGGAAAAAGAAAAGAAUAAAAAAGAUCCACGAUUGGAGCGUAGAAUACGAAAUAAGGAUCGCCCGGCGAUGGAGAUCUACAGACCAGGUAUGGGCAAGUUUAGCAAGCAGCGGCUAGAACGUGAGAAAUCCAGCGACGAACGUGCGUCUUUGUCACAGAGCCCUACACCAAAUCCCAGUGCUUCCUCCACGACCGGCAAGGCUGGAAAAGUUGGUGCAACGGAAGUACGCUCGAUGACAUUCAAACGCAGUAUCACCCGCGACGCAACGUAAUUCUUUUAUUUUUAGUUUUUAUCAUUUUCUAUUUACAGACUCACCGAUGACGCUUUGACUUCUGCUCGGCAGAUUUAAUUGUCAUGUAUAUAAUUUUUCUUGUAUUACAUAAAACAUAUCGCUAUCUUUAACAUAUAUUAAAAUGAUUUUGUACGUGUAUGUUGGAUAAACAUUUCACGCAUAGUCUGAUUAUAUCGUACGUUUUGCGGAUUUCUCUUUUUUAGAUGCAAUUUUAUUACUGUAAUAUUAAAGAAUUAAUAAAUAAAUGUUUCUUUGUUCUAAUCUAUUUAGAGUACAGGUCCCCAACCAGGGGUCCGCGAGAACUAAAUUAAGGUCCGCAAAAUAAAGUUAUAAACCUAUAA